AUGCCCGUCCUCCCUGGCCGACUCAGACUGUCGGACUCGGACGAUGGACUGGGCGAAGAGCAUGGCGAAGACUGGAGAGAUGACGAGGAGGACGAGGAGGAGGACGACACCGAUGAGCUAGACGAUGCACGGCAACGCGGAUUUUCCGACGGUGACUUUCACCGUGCGGCGGUCCCAUCCCACGCCAGACGCACUGGACGCCGAGGGGCCCGAGGAGGCCACGAUGCCUAUGACCCUCCGGCAGCAGACCACGAGCACGCCGCGGCCGCCGAGGCCGAAGCCGACGAAGAACGACGAGACCGCGAACGCAUCGAGCGGCUGUUGCGCGAUAUGAUGGCGCGACAACGCGCGCGAGCGAAGGGGAAGGCGUCGGCGUCGGCAGCUGCCAUGGACGAGGAUGACGAGGCCGAAAAGGACGAACUGAUGGGCUUGAUCAUGGGCAGUUUACGCCGGGAGGUGGCCAAGGCGGAGGACGAGGCGUGGAUGUUUGGCGAGUCCCUGGGUUUGGGGGGGAGGGCAGGCCGGGACGAGGUGGGUGUGUAUGACUGA